AAAGUCUACAGGACAGCCGCAGACAUGUGUCUUGAAAUCUCGAGCCAUUGAACUCUCACUUACCUCGCCCUCACCCCGCGAGAAAGGGAGCUCCAGCGCACACUUGUCCAUUUCAAGGCGUCAGCCAAGCUGUGUUACUAUUCCAAGAACAGCUUACGCAGCUCGCAAGACCCCAUAUACGCCCACAUCAGCAACGAUUAGUUGGGGGAAAGAGACAGUUUCGCCGGGGAUUUUUGCAUGAGCAGGCACAGCAGCACCGCUGCGUGGAGAGAAGCGCCCGUAAAUACGUCUGGCCGCUAUGGCCGGUCGGCCUCCAGGUGGACCGCCGUCUCACGAUAACUUGAUCGACUUCGACGACCAACAGCCCACAUAUUACUCCGGCGCGCGCGCACCCGUAAACGACGACGACCUGCUCGACCACUAUGACAUAGACAAUACGGACACGGCGCCGCAGGGACGGCCCUCGGUGUCGUAUGACGAGUUCGUGGGAGGGGGAAGGUCGACGGCGGGCCUCCCCGGAGCGCCUGGCGCGUCUCUGGGCGCAUCGCCGUAUCUGCAGGGGAACAGGGCGCAUUCACAGACGUCGGACCUGAACAACUACCAGAGAUACUCAGACGCAGAUAUACCCAUCGACGAUGAUCGCUCGGCGCAAGGCUACUAUGCCACUGGAGGUGCCUACGAGCCACCGUCGCCAGACGUACGUCGUGGAAACUCCAAGAACAGCCACAACAGGAAUAGCGUUCUGACGCUGGGAGGGGGUCUCACCGGCCGGGUCAAGAGCAUGUUUGGACGAGGCUCGGACUAUUCCGAGAUGGACCUGCCGUUGACGGAGCAUGCGGCGCACAACAACCAGCCACCCCCAAGCGCCUACGACGAUGGCCAGUCUACCAAGACGAAAAAGCGCACACCAGGAAAAUUCAAGUUUGGAUUUGGACGAGGAGCACCGGACCCGUCGACAUUGGGACCCAGGAUGAUCCAGCUGAACAACCCCGCCGCGAACCUGGAGCAGAAAUACGUCGACAAUCACAUUUCCACCACAAAAUACAAUGUCUUUACUUUUUUCCCAAAAUUCUUGUACGAACAGUUUUCAAAGUACGCGAAUUUGUUCUUCUUGUUUACAGCUGCUUUGCAACAAAUACCCAAUGUCUCACCAACUUCGCGAUACACGACUAUCGUGCCGCUUAUGAUCGUCCUGCUCGUGUCGGCUGUCAAGGAAUAUAUCGAAGACUAUCGGCGGCGGCAGUCGGACGCACAGCUGAACAGCUCCAAGGCGCAGAUUCUGAAGGGAACGGCGUUUGAGGACGCGAAAUGGAUCAAUGUUGCGGUUGGAGAUAUAAUUCGAGUCGAGUCGGAGCAGCCUUUCCCCGCUGAUCUAGUACUCCUCGCUUCGUCCGAACCUGAGGGUCUGUGCUAUAUCGAAACGGCGAAUCUGGACGGAGAGACGAACUUAAAGAUUAAGCAGGCUAUUCCUGAGACGGCGGAUUUUGUCAGUGCAGCCGAGUUGGGCAGACUCGGUGGGAAGAUUCGGUCUGAACAGCCCAACAGCAGCCUGUACACGUAUGAGGCGACGUUGACCAUGGCCACUGGAGGAGGAGAGAAAGAGCUGCCUUUACAACCAGAUCAACUACUUCUGCGUGGUGCUGUUCUCCGAAAUACCCCUUGGAUCCACGGCGCCGUCGUCUUUACAGGACACGAGACGAAGUUGAUGAGAAACGCAACCGCUACGCCGAUCAAGACAACUGCGGUGGAAAGAAUGGUCAACAAGCAGAUCCUCAUGCUUGUCGCGAUUUUGAUCUGUCUUAGUAUUAUCAGUUCCAUCGGCGACGUUAUCAUUCGAUCGUCUCGGGGCGGCAGUCUGGGCUAUCUUGUGUUGGGCACUUUCAAUGGCGCCCAGCAGUUCUUCCUUGAUCUUCUGACGUACUGGGUUCUGUACUCGAAUUUGGUGCCCAUUUCGUUGUUUGUCACGAUCGAGCUUGUCAAGUACUAUCUGGGCACUCUGAUUGACUCUGAUUUGGAUAUCUAUUACGAACCUACAGAUACUCCUGCGAAUUGUCGGACUUCGUCGUUGGUGGAAGAGCUGGGUCAGAUCGAGUACAUCUUUUCGGACAAGACGGGUACCUUGACAUGCAAUAUGAUGGAGUUCAAGCAGUCGUCGAUUGCAGGUAUCCAGUACGCCGAUGAGAUCCCUGAAGACCGAAGAGCGACCAUGGAAGAUGGACUCGAGGUUGGCAUCCACGAUUUCAAGCAGCUCGAACAACAUCGUCAAAGCCAUAGGAACAGUUACAUCAUCAACCAUUUCCUUACGCUGCUGUCGACAUGUCACACGGUUAUUCCUGAGAGAGGCGGCGAAAAGGAUGCGAUCAAGUACCAAGCUGCUUCUCCUGACGAAGGCGCGCUAGUCGAAGGAGCCGUGCAGUUAGGGUACAAGUUUGUUGCACGAAAACCGCGAGCUGUCAUCAUUGAGGUGGAGGGCCAGCGACGGGAGUACGAGCUCCUUGCUGUAUGCGAAUUCAAUUCGACAAGAAAGCGAAUGUCUACCAUCUUCCGCACACCAGAGGGCAAGCUCGUCCUCUACUGCAAGGGUGCUGACACAGUCAUUCUGGAGCGACUUUCCAAAGACAAUCCAUACACGGAGACGACUUUGACGCAUCUGGAAGAAUAUGCUGCUGAGGGUCUCCGCACGCUCUGUCUUGCUAUGCGCGAGGUUACUGAAGAUGAGUUUCAGCAGUGGUGGAAGGUGUUCAACACGGCGCAAACAACCGUCAGCGGGAACCGUGCCGAGGAACUGGACAAGGCUGCUGAACUCAUCGAGCACGAUCUCACUCUGCUUGGAGCGACCGCCAUUGAGGAUAAAUUGCAGGAUGGUGUACCGGAUACUAUCGCCACACUGCAGUCUGCUGGCAUCAAGAUCUGGGUCUUGACUGGAGAUCGUCAGGAGACUGCCAUCAACAUUGGCAUGAGUUGCAAACUGAUCAGCGAGGAUAUGAGUCUCCUGAUCGUCAACGAAGAAGACAAGGAGUCAACGAGAGACAAUAUCCGGAAGAAGGCUCAAGCCAUCGCAAACCAAGGUGCAGGUGGAGCCGAAAUGGACGUCCUCGCUCUCGUCAUCGACGGAAAGUCUCUCACCUACGCGCUCGAGCGAGACCUUGAAAAGGAGUUCUUAGAUCUGGCUAUCAAGUGCAAAGCCGUCAUCUGCUGCCGCGUCUCCCCGCUACAAAAAGCCCUCGUCGUCAAGCUCGUCAAACGCCAUCUCAAAGCCAUCCUCCUCGCCAUCGGCGACGGCGCAAACGACGUCUCCAUGAUCCAAGCCGCCCACGUCGGCGUCGGCAUCAGCGGCGUCGAAGGCCUCCAAGCAGCCCGCAGCGCCGACAUAUCCAUCGGCCAAUUCCGGUACCUGCGCAAACUCCUCCUCGUCCACGGAGCGUGGAGCUACCAACGCGUCAGCAAAGUGAUCCUCUACUCCUUCUACAAGAACAUCGCCAUGUUCAUGACACAGUUCUGGUACGCGUUCCAAAACGCCUUUUCGGGGCAAAUCAUCUACGAAUCCUGGACCCUAACCUUCUACAACGUCUUCUUCACCGCCGCGCCCCCCUUCGUAAUGGGCAUCUUCGACCAGUUCGUCAGCGCGCGUCUCCUCGACCGUUACCCGCAACUCUACCGCCUCAGCCAGUCGGGCGUCUUCUUCAAAAUGCACUCCUUCUGGUCCUGGGUCGCAAACGGCUUCUACCACUCGCUGAUUCUGUACUUCGGCUCGCAAGCCUUCAUACUCUGGGACUGGCCGCAAUGGGAUGGUCUGAAUGCAGGACACUGGGUCUGGGGCACUGCAUCGUAUACCGCGAAUCUCGCUACCGUCCUCCUCAAAGCUUCACUCAUCACAAAUAUCUGGACCAAAUACACUUUCCUCGCUAUCCCCGGCUCGUUCCUCCUCUGGUUCAUCCUCAUGCCGCUGUACGCGUACGUCGCGCCCAUGGCGGGCAUCAGCACAGAGUACGUCGGCGUCAUCGAGCGUCUCUUCCCCGACCCGCGUUUCUGGGCUAUGGUCAUUGUGCUCCCGCCCCUGUGUCUGAUACGCGACUUUGCCUGGAAGUACUGUAAGCGCAUGUACUUCCCGCAGUCAUACCACCACGUACAAGAGAUACAAAAAUACAAUAUUCAGGACUAUCGACCGCGGAUGGAGCAGUUCCAAAAAGCAAUCCGCAAAGUGCGCCAGGUGCAGCGUAUGCGCAAACAGCGCGGAUAUGCUUUCUCGCAGACGGAUGAGUCGCAGGCGAGGGUGCUGCAGGCGUAUGAUACGACGCAGGAGCGGGGGCGGUAUGGCGAGAUGGCGAGUUCAAGGAAGUGAGGGUGUGGG